GUCGGCUGGGCCUCUCCUCCCACUUGCCUGGCGGACCCUGCAGUGGACCCCAUGCCCAACGACGGAUUCAGCCCCGAGGAGGGGGAGAAACCCUGCUGCAACCUCUCCAAGAAAGCCAAGGUCGGUCUCGGCAUCUUUAUAUGUGUCCUGGUCGUGGCGACGGUCAUCCCGGUGGUCCUGAAGUGGUACCCGGCACCCAAGCACAAGGAGUGGAAUGGGCCGGGCACCACUCCCCAUUUCCCCGAGAUCGUCCUGGGACGAUGCUACACCUACACUCAAGUCCUCCGGCCCGAGCUGAGACACAUGGACUGCCAGGAGAUAGCAAAGGCGUUCAUGCGUGCGUUCCUUUCUAAGGAUCCCUGUAGCUCUGCAGAGCAGGACUACCAGCAGCUGCUGAGGCUGACCAAUCAGACCAUACCCUGUGGCACGAGUGUCUUUUGGAGCAAAUCAAAUGAGCUGGCGCACCAGUACACCAAGGUCCAGUGGGCGAUGUUCACGCUGGAGGACAUGCUGGUGGGCUACAUGGCCGACAACCUGGACUGGUGUGGAGACCACAGCUCCUCUGACAUGAACUAUGAGUCUUGUCCACACUGGAGGAAAGACUGCACAACCAACCCCAAGUCUGUGUUCUGGGAUGCGGUGUCCAGGAGGUUUGCAGAAAAUGCCUGUGGUGUGGUCCAGGUGGUGCUCAAUGGAUCCAUCAGUAACACCUUUGAUAGAAACAGCACUUUUGGACGUGUAGAAAUCCAUAAUUUGUAUCCAGGGAAGGUGCCUACAUUACAAGCCUGGGUGAUGCAUGACGUUGGAGGAGUUCACAGACACUCAUGCUCGAGUCCUGACAUAAAUGAUCUGAAGUUGAUUUUAAGAAACAGGAAUAUUAGAUUUACCUGCCAGGAUGACUACAGGCCUAUCAAGUUUCUUCAGUGUGUGACAAAUUCCGAGCAUUCGUCUUGCAAUUCUGUAAUGUGAGCCUUCAGCGCGGUGGCUCCAGAUCGUUGAGCCUUUGUGCAGCGCGUGGCCGUGCACGACCCGGAGACACGCUGGUGGGAAGCUGAGGACUGGGGGGUCAUCUGUCGUCAUGUCAACACUGGUGAUGAAGCCUUUCCCCUAAAGUCUUAAAAUAACUUGUGUU